AUGACGCUGUCGUAUUAUGCUGAUGUGGACAAAGCACUAGCAGAGUGGUUUAAAAGAGUGCGACGCAUUAAUGUCCCAGUUAGUGGUCCGCUUUCGGCAGAAAAAGCCCUGUACUUUGCCAAGCAACUCGGCUACAAAGACUUUAAGGCAAGCGCUGGAUUUCUAGACCGCUUUAAAGAAAGGCAAGGAAUCACAGGACAACAUAUUUGCGGCGAAGAGAAAAGCGUCGGUCAAAAGUGCAGCGGGGGAAAGAACAGUAAAGAACGUAUUACCGUUCUCGUUGCUUGCAACCAGGACGGGACAGACAAGCUACCACUAUUAGUUAUUGGGAAAUAUGCUGAACCACGCAGUUUCAGAGGAAGCAGCAUGGAUUUGCUCCUUGUAAUUUACAAGUCGCAGAAGAAUGCAUGGAUAGACAGUGUAAAAUUCGAAGAGUGGGUUCGAAAAGUAGAUCGGAAGAUGAGAGCGGCAAACCGGCAGAUCCUGUUGUUUAUUGAUAACUGUACAGCACACAUGUCAGUGGCGGGCUUGACAAACACGCGAUUAAUAUUUUUCCCGCCAAACUGCACAAGCAAGCUUCAGCCUGCAGACCAGGGAAUUAUACAGAACCUAAAGCCAAAUGGCUUCGCUCAAAGGACCAUGGCCGCGUUAUCCGCCUACCUAGGACGAGCAGAUUAUUUCUGA